AUGGCUUCAUCAAUGCCCGCAUCAGACGGCGCACCCAAGCCCAAAGUCAAGAACAUCCCCAACCCACGGCGCCUCCUAAUCCUCACACCAACAUCCCACUCCAUCUCGAUCAUCCCUCCACUCCUCCACGCCCUAACUGGCGUGCCCGUCAUCGACCCGCCGCAACAACAAAUCCCCUCAACCCCGCCACAACCAACCGAAACAACACCAACAACCACCUUCGCCGGCUACACAACCCACAGCCCCCUCCGUCUCGAAACAAAAUACUACACCACCGAAGUACCCGUCUGGGUCGACGAGAUCCCUCUCGCCCACAAAGCCGAAGCCACCCCAACAGCCGAGCAAUGGAAGACCGACUUCCUCAGCACAGACGCCGAGAUCGUGCGCGAGGCUGUCGGCGCUCUUGUCGUGUGCGCGCAUACUCCCAAUGAUACAGGAUCGCCCCCAACGCCCGAGUCGGAGGACCCCGCUGAGCGACACGAUGUGCGCGCACUGCGUGACCUGAUGCGCGGGAUCGGCGCCGUUAAGGACCGCAUUGAUGAGGAGCGUGGUGGGGUUGGGGAUGUUCCGGGCGUUUUUGUUUUGGUUGGGGGGAGGAAGAGUGCUGCUGGUCAGCAGAAGGCUAAGGGUCCGGAUGCGGAGCUGGGGCUUGGUGUUGAUGAGGAUGAUUUGGGGGGUGGUGAGAUGGUGCCGUUCUCGGUUGGGUGGUGGGAGGAUCAGUUCUUUGAUAUGGGGUUGUUGGGGUGGGAGGUUGUUGAGUGGGAUCCUAAGGAGGGGAAGGAGGUUGAAACGCGGAAUCAGUAUGGAGAACGCGAGGGUAUGCCUCGCAUCAAAGAGGUCCUGGAGACUCAUGACUGGUCUAUGACUGGGGGCAGUUCUGGUAUUGAUGAUGAUGCGGAACUGGAUUCAGAGGAUGAUCUUCAGGAUCAAUUGUUAGGUCUGGGUGGUUCUCGCGGAUUUGGCGAUGAGGUCAGUCAAUUAGAACGCGAGAUGUUUGGUCUGCGCAUGGCCAUUGAGCGUGGAGGUGGCGAUGGUGAUGAAGAAGACAUUGGCCAUGAUGAUGGCGAUGAUGAAAUUGAUGUUGAGAGCAUGGAGGCACUAAUGAUGCGCAUGCAGGCAAUUAGAGAUAUGAGCUCGGAGCUGCCAGAAAGCGAACGGAAGCGAUUUGCUGCGAAAGCUGUUCAGGAUCUCAUGCGCGAGCUUUGA